AUGGCAAAGAGAAGCAGAGCAGCGAUUUUGCCAACGAACAUCAUUUUGCUACAAAAUUUGGUGAAACGUGAUCCAGAGUCCUAUUAUGAGGAAUUUUUACAACAAUAUGCACACUAUGAAUCAUUAAGGGAUAUAUUCAUGCUGAAUGGGAUAUCAAAUGCCGAAUCUUCAGUUGGAGGUCCAAAUCCAAGUGGAUCUUCCUCUGGCUCUAACAGCUCAACAAAUCAGCUUAUGGAGUUAAUUGGAUUUCUUGCACAGGUUUGUUCAUGUUAUCCCAAAGAGACUGCAAACUUUCCCAAUGAAUUGAAACAGCUAAUAUUAGAGCACCAUAAAUCUUUGCCGUUUGAAAUAAAGGAGAAAAUUGUAACAUCUUUGAUGAUGUUGAGGAAUAAAAAUGUAAUCUCAGCAGAACAAUUAAUUCAGACUAUGUUUCCUCUUUUGAUUGCCUACUCUGCUCAAGGUAAUGCACUUGGAGCAAACUCACACGCUCGUGAAUUGAGGCAGCUGAUAUACAAGAAUCUUAUCUCGUUAUUAAAAAGUUGCAAUUCGGGAACAAAGAAUCAAAAACUGAACAAAUCAACACAAGCAAUUUGUUUCAAUCUCUUAGAGCAGCCAGACUCUCAGGGUAUUUGGGCCGCAAAAUUAACAAGAGAACUUUGGAAACGUGGUAUUUGGGAUGAUUCAAGAACCGUUGAAAUUAUGACACAGGCAACCCUACACGCAGACGUGAAGAUUGCAAUUUCUGGUGUAAUGUUUUUCCUUGAUGCUGACAAAGAUCGAGAAGCCAACUUUGAGGACAACUCAGAAGAUGAAGAUGGAUUUGAUUUGAAUGCCCUGAAGCAUAAGAUGCAAGUCAAUAAAAAAACAGGUAGAAGAGGUAAGAAAUUAGAUAGUGCCAUCAAGACCUAUAAAAGGAAAAAUAAUUCAAAUAAUCAACCUGCAUUUUUGAAUUUCAGUGCUAUUCAUCUUUUAAGAGAUCCACAAGGAUUCUCGGAAAAACUAUUCCAACAACAUCUUUCCGGUAAAAGUAGUUCCAGGUUUGAUUUAGAUCAGAAAAUAUCUUUGAUGCAGUUGAUUUCAAGAAUGGUCGGUACACAUAAACUUUUGGUCUUAGGUCUUUACACAUUUUUUUUGAAGUAUUUGACACCAAAGCAAAGAGAUGUUACCAAGAUUAUGGCAGCAAGUGCACAAGCGUGUCAUGAUCUAGUUCCACCUGAAAACUUACACACGUUGGUUCGUAAAAUUGCGGAUGAAUUCGUUUCCGACGGUGUUGCUUCAGAGGUUGCUGCGGCUGGUUUGAAUACAAUCAGAGAAAUAUGUUCCCGUGCACCGCUAGCUAUUGAUGAAGUUCUAUUGCAAGAUUUAACGGAAUAUAAGGAUUCAAAAGCAAAGGGUGUUAAUAUGGCUGCAAAAUCUUUGGUUUCGCUUUACAGAGAAAUUGCUCCAGAAAUGUUAAAACGUAAACACCGUGGUAAAACGGCAGCCAUGGAAUUACAAGAGGCAAAGCGUGGUGGUAAGGAUAUUAAGAACAAAAGGCCACAAUUUGGUGUCGAGCGUGGUAACGUUGACGGUAUCGCGGGCAUUGAAUUGCUAGCCAAAUGGAAGAAGCAGCAGGAAAACGGAGAUUUGGAAGAAGAGGAUGAUGCUAACUGGCAGGUCGAAGAAGAAUCUGGUGGUGAUGAUGAAAUUGAAGGUGAGUGGGUUACUAUAGAAAGUGAUAAGGAAUACGAAGUGGAUCUAGAUGACAGUGACGAUGACGAAAAGACUCACAAGACCAAAGAGUCUUCCAAAAAUGACAGCGAUGGCGAAGCUAUCGAUGACGACGAUGGCGUGGAUACCAAUAUGGAAAAAGAAGCGGAUAACGAAAUGGACUCGGAAACUGCAUUCCGUGAGUUAGCCUCAAAGCGUAUUUUGACCCCUGCCGAUUUCGCGAAGUUGCAAGAACUAAGAGCUGAAGAAGGCGUCUCGAAAAUAAUGGGCGGAACCUCCGCUGGCAAGAUAAAUGAAGAAACCGUCGAUUCAGCAGCUUUAAUAGGCCCUGUCAAAUACAAGCAAACCCGUGAAGAGAGAAUUAAAUCGAUUGCUGAAGGUCGUGAAGGGCGUGAGAAAUUUAGUAGUCGACGCGGUAAACGUGAUGGCGUUCAUUCGACAACCAACAGAGAGAAGGCCAGAAAGAAGAAUUUUGUCAUGAUGAUCCACAAGAAAUCUGUACAAGGUAAACAAAAGAUGUCUUUGAGAGAUAGACAAAAAGUGCUUCGUGCGCACAUCACAAAGCAGAAAAAGAAGGGUUUUUAA